CAAAAAGAUUUAAUAUAAGGAAUUAGCCGCCCUCCAUAAUUGUGGGCAAGUCCCAAAUUCUGCAGGGUGAGUUGAUGAGCUGGAGACCCAACGAGCAGAUGAUGUGAUUCCAGUCUUAGCGCCUGCAGACUUGAGACCCAGGAAGAGCCAAUGUUUCUGUUUGAGUCCAAGGCAGAAAAAAAAAAAAAGAACCUGAUGACCAAAUUCAAAGACUGUCAGGCAAAAGGAGUUCCCUCUUACUCCCGGAGAAUCUGCCUUUUUCAGGCCUUUGACUGCUUGGAUAAGGUCCACUAACAUUAGGGUAGGCAAUCUGUUUUACUCCGUCAACCAGUUCAAAUGUCAAUCCCAUUUGAAAAUACCCUCACAGAAACACCCAGAAUGAUGUUUCACCAAAUAUCUGGGUGUUCCAUAGCCCAAAGAGAUGGAAACAAAGUUAGUCAUUAUACCAACACUAGUAUCAGUACUGUUAGGAUGAUUCCUUUUCAUCAGUAAUAAGCCCAGAAAUAUGUUGAUACAGAUCAAAUAGAUCAUCAUUCAUCAUAAUGAAGAAUCUAUUGAUGGAGUAAAAAUUGUUUCCUCUUCCACUGAUUGUAUUAUAGGUGGCGUUUGGUGAGCUAUAUCUGUCAUUUAGUGCAAAAAAGAAUUCAGAUGAUGUUGGGAAAUUUUAAUCACAACUGUUCUUUACAUGAGCCUGCUACUGAAAACCUUCAGUAAAGGAGUGAAUCUUCCUUGCCCCAUCGAGAGUUGCUUUUCAGCUGGAAGAAGGGUGUGUCCCCAAGUUUUUACCUGGGAGCAAUGAUGAUCUUGUCAAGCAUUUCAGUGAGACCAGCCCAAGUUUUUAGGGUGGGGAUCCAGACUGGUUAUACGUACCUUCAGUCCUUCUCCCAGAGGAAGGCAGAAACACCUCAAAGCCUGCAUGUAAGAACAUCUACUGAGAAAUUAUUUUAAUCAGACACCAGCUGAGUGGGAGAAAGAAAAAGAACAGAGAAGAACAAACAAAACUCCCUUGGUCUUGGAUGUAAGAGAAUCCAGCAGAGAUGGACUGGCGUUUCUUCAGAGGAGCUGCAGUGCUGUUCAUUUUUCUGGUGGUGGUAGAAGUUAACAGUGAAUUCCGAAUCCAGGUAAGAGAUUAUAACACUAAAAAUGGCACCAUUAAAUGGCAUUCGAUCCGAAGGCAGAAACGUGAAUGGAUCAAGUUCGCAGCGGCAUGUCGUGAAGGUGAAGACAACUCAAAAAGGAAUCCAAUCGCCAAAAUUCACUCAGAUUGUGCUGCAAACCAGCAAGUUACAUACCGCAUCUCUGGAGUAGGAAUUGAUCAGCCACCGUAUGGGAUCUUUGUCAUUAAUCAGAAAACUGGUGAAAUUAAUAUAACAUCCAUAGUUGAUCGAGAAGUCACUCCCUUCUUCAUUAUCUACUGCCGAGCUCUGAACUCAAUGGGCCAAGAUUUAGAGAGGCCGCUAGAGCUCAGAGUCAGGGUUUUGGAUAUAAAUGACAACCCUCCAGUGUUUUCAAUGGCUACAUUUGUAGGACAAAUAGAAGAAAAUUCUAAUGCAAAUACACUGGUGAUGAUACUCAAUGCUACUGAUGCAGAUGAACCAAACAACUUGAAUUCAAAAAUAGCCUUCAAGAUUAUAAGACAAGAACCUUCAGAUUCACCAAUGUUUAUUAUCAACAGAAAUACUGGAGAAAUUCGAACGAUGAAUAAUUUUCUAGACAGAGAGCAAUAUGGCCAGUAUUCUCUUGCUGUAAGAGGCUCUGACCGAGACGGCGGGGCAGAUGGCAUGUCAGCGGAAUGUGAGUGCAACAUUAAAAUCCUCGAUGUCAAUGAUAAUAUCCCUUACAUGGAACGGUCUUCAUACGACAUAAGUAUUGAAGAAAAUACCCUAAAUUCAAAUAUGCUCGAGAUUAGAGUAAUUGAUUUGGAUGAAGAGUUCUCAGCUAACUGGAUGGCGGUAAUUUUCUUUAUCUCUGGAAAUGAAGGAAAUUGGUUUGACAUAGAAAUGAACGAAAGAACAAAUGUGGGAAUUUUAAAGGUUGUUAAGCCCUUAGAUUAUGAAGCUAUGCAGAAUCUGCAACUUAGUAUUGGUGUCAGAAAUAAAGCUGAAUUUCAUCAUUCAAUUAUGUCUCAGUAUAAACUGACAGCAACUGCAAUUACUGUGACUGUGUUAAAUGUAAUUGAAGGCGCAGUGUUUCGUCCAGGUUCAAAGACAUAUGUUGUAACUGGUAAUAUGGGAUCAAAUUACAAAGUGGGAGACUUUGUAGCUACUGACCUGGACACAGGUGGACCUUCAACGACUGUUAGAUAUGUAAUGGGAAAUAAUCCAGCUGACCUUCUAGCUGUGCUACAGGGAAAGAAUGCUCUUCCAAGAGACCUUGCACUGGUACAAUUAAUAUUGACAUUCAAAGAAUGGUUGAUGGAGAUGACAGGACUAAUACCAGCGAGCACUGAGUUUAACCAAUACUGGCAGAGAGAGAAUAUUACUAUCCUUCCACCACCAGUGGUCCCAUUUUUGAUGAUUUGUUGUGAUUGUGGAGGUGCUCCUCGUAGUGCAGCUGGCUUUGAGCCUGUUCCUGAAUGUUCAGAUGGAGCAAUUCAUUCAUGGGCAGUAGAAGGACCACAGCCUGAACCCGGGGUUAUGACCACCAUCAUACCACAAAUACCACCUGAUAAUGCAAAUAUAAUUGAAUGCAUUGACAACUCAGGAGUUUAUACAAAUGAGUAUGGUGGCAGAGAAAUGCAAGAUCUGGGAGGAGGAGAGAGAAUGACAGGAUUUGAACUAACAGAGGGAGUUAAAACUUCAGGAAUGCCUGAGAUAUGUCAAGAAUACUCUGGAACAUUAAGAAGAAAUUCUAUGAGGGAAUGUAGAGAAGGAGGUCUGAAUAUGAAUUUCAUGGAAAGCUACUUCUGUCAGAAAGCAUAUGCUUAUGCAGAUGAAGAUGAAGGACGCCCAUCCAAUGACUGUUUGCUCAUAUAUGACAUCGAAGGUGUAGGUUCCCCUGCUGGCUCUGUGGGUUGCUGUAGCUUCAUUGGAGAAGAUCCGGAUGACAGCUUCUUGGAUACUCUGGGACCUAAAUUUAAGAAGUUGGCAGACAUCAGCCUAGGAAAAGAAAUUGAAUCAUAUCCAGACCCUGAUCCUUUUUGGCCACCCCAAAGCACUGAACCAGUUUGCCUUCCUCAGGAAACAGAGCCCAUUGUUAGUGGACACCCACCAAUCUCCCCACAUUUCGGCACUACCACAGUAAUUUCUGAGAGCACCUAUCCCUCGGGACCUGGUGUGCAGCAUCCUAAGCCUAUUCUCGAUCCUCUGGGCUAUGGUAAUGUCACUGUGACCGAGUCUUACACCACCUCUGACACUCUGAAGCCCUCUGUGCACUUUCACGAUAACCGACAAGCAUCAAACGUGGUGGUGACAGAGAGAGUGGUCGGCCCAAUCUCUGGCACUGAUUUGCAUGGAAUGUUAGAGAUGCCUGACUUGCGAGAUGGGUCAAAUGUCAUAGUGACAGAAAGGGUAAUAGCACCAAGCUCUAGUCUACCUGCCUCUCUGACUAUUCAUCAUCCUAGAGAGUCUUCAAAUGUGGUAGUGACAGAAAGAGUAAUCCAACCAACUUCCGGCAUGAUAGGUAGUCUUAGUAUGCACCCCGAGUUAACCAAUGCCCACAAUGUGAUUGUGACAGAGAGGGUUGUUUCUGGUGCUGGCGUAACUGGAAUUAGUGGCACCACUGGGAUCAGCGGUGGCAUAGGCAGCAGUGGCCUGGUUGGCACCAGCAUGGGCGCUGGGGGUGGGGCCCUGAGUGGAGCUGGCAUAAGUGGUGGUGGCAUUGGCCUGAGCAGCUUGGGAGGGACAGCCACCAUUGGCCACAUGAGGAGUUCCUCUGACCAUCACUUUAACCAAACCAUUGGGUCCGCCUCCCCUAGCACAGCUCGAAGUCGAAUCACAAAGUACAGUACCGUGCAAUAUAGCAAGUAGUCAGGACCCCAGCUCACUUUUUCAUAUCAUUGUGGUUUAGAUCCAAUUCCCACCACUAAAAAACUAACAAUGUGAUUUAUAACGCACAACUUCGUGCUCAGGUCAUCUAGGAGCAAGGUGAGAAAUCACAAUGAGAAAAAUAAAUGGAAACACCGCUGCUAGGGGAGAGCUCUCCUUAUCAUUCGUAAACAUUUUUCUUAUAUUAGGACUAAGGAACUAAAACUUGAGGCAGAGCCUUCUUUGUGCCUGAAUGGCCUGUAGUCUAUCUCCAGCAUGUAACUGGCCUUACAACGGCAAUUGGCAUAAUUCUCCUUGCUCUGUUUUGCUUUUCCAUAUAGCUUGAGCAAAAUUUAAAAAGAACUAAAUAUGCAAUAUGUGUUCAUGUCUGUGGGAAAAAUCUAAAAUGUGUGCCACAUGCCCUCAGUUUCACAGAUAACAUAAAUAAAAAUUAAAAAAAAAAAAUUUUCAAGUUUGACUACAUAGUCAAGUCCACAAACCAUCAAGCACUCCUCCUUAAUUAUUGCACUAGAUAAAAUAAAUUUCAAAUUAGGAAGUGUUUCCUAGGAGGAAAAUUCCAUUAGAGAGUGACAAUAGGAUGAGGUUUCUUCAGGGUAAACUAGCAGCGCCUGAGCCUGAAUCUUAAUUUGGGGUCUCAGUUAAAUCUCCUGUGGAGUCAAGGAUUCUUCUGAUUCUAGUUUGUGUUUAGUGAUAGAUGUAAUCUUGACGAAUAUUGCUUACUGGUGAGGUUGAGGAAUAUCACACUCACCUUUCCCUUUACCAAUGUGGUUUUGACUUAAGAAAGCAAAACUUUCUAAGUUUACUUCUCGAAUUGAAGCAAGUGAGGCCAGACAUGGUUGUCAUCACUAAUGGUAAAUGACCUUCCAAGUAAGCAAAUGGGAACUGAACUGUGUUUUCAGGUUUUGUUUUUAGUACGUGAUAUUCAUUCAUAUCCAGCUCUUUAUUACAUAGCUCUGAAGUUAAAAUGAUGUACAUAGGCUGAGCUGUGGACAAGAAAAAAAGAAGCAGCUUGCAGUAUGCUUAAGCUUUGGGGAAUUUUUUUUUAAAGGGGAUCUAAAAAAAUGUUUUUAGAACAUGUAAAAUGUUUAAUGGGGAAAGUUGGAAAAGAAUUGUUUUGUAAAGUAAUACCAUGCUAAUUAUUCGCUUUUAGCACGUAAAGCAGUGGUUGCUUUAGCGAACCUCUGUUGCCCUUUUGCAGGGAUCAAUCAGGAACCUUUAACAGAGUUGACAAUAUUGUAUUGAUAAGAGUGAAAUAAUAAUAGAUAACCCCCUAAUUUUUCUCACUAGUAUAAAUUUUAAAUUCCUGAUUUGAUUUGUCAAUAAGAUCUGGGCUUAUUUAUGCUCUGAUUUAUAGGUAGUGUCCAAAUUAUACAGCAUAACAUAUUUUUCUAGUUUCAAAAUUUAGUAAUGUCCUAUUUAUGAUAUACCAUUUCUGUGUGUUUGCUAUAUAGUAUUACCCAAUUAAAAAUCUCUAAAAAGAAAGCAUUCUAAGGAAAAGGUAAAUUUACUAUUGCAUGGUAGAGAAACUUUUUCCUUUCUUAAAUACAAUGUUACUAUAAGCUCACUAAACUGAAACUCUAUAUGACAAAAUAAAAUUAGAAUAAAAAAUUUGCCCUGGA